UAAUCCUACAAACGCCUCUUCUAGUACUCAAGUACAGCACUUGUACCUCCACCACUAGUUCCUCUUUUUUUUUCUUCCUUUUUUUUAAGUCGGUACCUCGCAGCUCUAAAUUAAAUAUCAAAGCGUCGUUGAUGGCGCUUCAUUUGAAGUGGAGGGAUUUCGGAGAACGGGGCGCGCUCCUCGUGCGUCUUUACGCGCGGAGAGCCAUCGGCACACGACGCGAGCUUCUUCCUUCAUGACGCGCGUAAAGCCGGUUUUCUUCCGUGAAAUCAGCUGUUUGGAUCAGUCGGCGCGCCUCUUCACGUUGCGACAUUGACGCCGCAGAAGAAGUGGGUGUGAACUCGGACUGAGCUCUCUCUCUCUCUCUCUCUCUCUCUCUCUCUCUGUGUGUCUCACUCUCUUCUCUUAUUCAUCGAGGAAGUUGGAAGUUGACUUCUGUCCAAGCGCUGCAGAACGCACAGGUGAGACUCUGAGGGGCGUGGCCUGAAAUACAACCUCCAAAAAUACACUGCAUCCAAGCGGAAGAAAAAUGAGCAGCGCAGAGAAUAAAGGCAAGCGCAGCGCACCCAUUUUCAAGAAGGCCAAAAUGAGCGGAGACGCCUCGACUGUGCACACGGACGGCAUCCCUCCGGACGCGCUCAGUAAGGUGCAGGAGUACCUGGAGCCCUUCCAUCUGUCUGUGGAGAAGCUGCGGGAAGUUUCUGCUCGGCUGAGGAAGGAUCUGGUUCGAGGUUUGGGGAAACACUCUCACCACAAGGCGCCCGUCAAGAUGCUGCCCACCUUCGUCAGGGCCACGCCGGACGGGACGGAGAAAGGCGACUUCCUGGCGCUGGAUCUCGGUGGGACGAACUUCCGGGUGCUUCAUGUCCGCGUGGUGGAGGAGGAGCAGAAGGUGCUGAAGAUGGACAGUCAGAUCUGUGCCAUCCCCAAAGAAAUGAUGCUGGGACCUGGAGUACAGUUGUUCGACCACAUCGCCGCCUGUCUCAAUGACUUCCUCGUGUCUCAGAAUCUGAAGGGACAAACUCUUCCUCUGGGCUUCACCUUCUCCUUCCCCUGCGAACAGAAAGAAAUCGACAAGAGCAUCCUGAUCCGCUGGACCAAAGGCUUCAACUGCUCCGGGGUGGAGGGCGAAGAUGUGGUGAAGUUACUGAAGGAGGCCAUUCACAGGAGAGGGGACUAUGAUAUAGGCUCAGUUGCCAUGGUGAACGACACAGUGGGCACGAUGAUGAGCUGCGGCUACAGAGACCAGAGCUGUGAGAUCGGCAUGAUCAUUGGAACGGGAACCAACGCCUGCUACAUGGAGGAGAUCAAGAACGUGAGGCGCGUGGAGGGCGAGGACGGGCGGAUGUGCAUCAACACGGAGUGGGGCGGCUUCGGAGACGACGGCUGCCUGAAGGACAUCCGGACGGAGUUUGACGUCGUGGUGGACGAGACGUCCAUCAACCCCGGCAUCCACAACUUUGAGAAAAUGAUCAGCGGCAUGUAUUUGGGAGAAAUCGUUCGUCUUCUGCUGGUGAGGCUGACUGAGAACAAGCUGCUGUUCGAGGGACGGACAUCUGAGGCGCUGCUGACCCCGGACGCGUUUGAGACUAAAUUUAUGUCUGAGAUUGAGGAGCGGGACGGCGGUCUGGAGAACACUCAGAAUAUUCUGACCGAGUUGGGACUGAAAUGGGAUUCGGUCGACUCCCGCAUCGUGCGUCUGGUUUGCAACGCCGUCUCCUCGCGCUCCGCUCGUCUGUGCGGCGCCGCCCUGGCAACCCUCGCCAACCGUAUCCGGGUCAACCGCCGGCUGGACCAUCUAAAGACCACCGUGGGGGUAGACGGGACGGUCUACAAAAAACACCCCAAUUUCAGCGAGGAGCUCCGGGCGACGGUGCGCCUCCUCGCCCCCGACUGUGACAUCACCUUCCUCGUCUCGGAGGACGGCAGCGGGAAGGGCGCUGCCAUGGUAACGGCCGUGGCGCAGCGGCUGGCUCACCAGACCCGCCUGUUGGAGGAGAGUGACGGUGAGGUCGACGAUGAAGAGGAGGAAGAUUGAUAGUUUUUUUUCAGUAUUCUCAUCCAACUAAAUUUACAUAAGUGUGUUUUAUUUCUGCAGUGAGUCGAGCUUUUCUUUUUUUUUCUUUUUUUUAAUUAUUUGUUAAUGGAAAUGUUCGUUCUACUGCUCUUCUAUCUCUAUGGUGCCAGCAAAGAUGGAGAAAAAGAAAACUAGUAAACAUGGAUGUAAACAAUGCAGGAUGUAAAGAACAUUUCACAUGACUUUUGUUUCCAAGAAAACUCCACAGUGCACCUUUUAAGAGUUACCUCAUCAACAAAUUAUAUUAUGUAGAAUAAUACAUAUUUGUAGGUUAAUUCUGCAUGCUGAGUAAAUGUUUUUAUCAGAGCCAAAAGUACCAAAAAUAUAUAUAUAUAUUUUUUUAAGUAAUCAAUUGUCAGAUAAGUAGAUGAAUUGAAAUGGAGGCACUGCGAUUUUUCAGAAAAUACUUUUUUUAUUAUCUUAUAUGUAUAAUUCAUCACUGAUUAAUUAUUCAUAUUCACCAUUUAUCACUGGGGGUGAACACACCUCCAGUUAUUUUAAAUGAACUGUCAUUCAAUUCAAAUCCCUGUUUUCAGUUGAAAUGUUUCCCCCUGUUUAAUUGAAUUGACUCCAGUUUUAUUUCGAUAAAGAAAAAAGAAGACGUUAA